AUGCAGAAAGUGAUCAUCUCUACGGCCACCGUGAGGAUUCUACGGACACUUCAGACAGGACAGAAACCAGCUCCGGCGGCGGCGGCGGAGGCGGCGGCGGGUGCGGUCGCGCGUGCGCACGGGGUGGGAGCGGGGUCGGGCCGGCGCAGCCUCCGCCAGAGACCCCGGGGACAUGCUGGCCGCCAGCUGCCUCCCGCAAGACCGCCGCCGCCCGCGCCGCCGUGCUUCCCGCUGCCACCGAUCGGAGGUGGCCUAGGCGCCGGGCCCAGCGCGGGUCCAGGUUCGGAAGGGACUCCCGGGGCUGCCGCCGCCGGCGCCUGCGGCUGCCUGCCCAACCCGGGCACGUCGGAGGAGCGCCACCGGCAGUGCAAAGAGCUGCUUCCCAUUCAGAUGGAGGGUAUCACACUCACAGUCGACAAAGGGCUGAGGAACCAUUUCCAGGUAAACCACACAGUCGCCCUCAGCACAAUCGGGGAGUCCAACUACUUUGGGGUCACGUACAUGGGGACAAAGCAGCUGAUUCCCACAGAGGCAUUCCCCGUGCUGGUGGGUGACAUGGACAACAGUGGCAGCCUCAGUGCUCAGGUCCUUCACCAGCUGGACCCCGGCCUCUGGUCCAAGAUGGCCAUUCAGACCCAGCAGUCGAAGUUGGUGAACUGGCAGGUGGAUGGGGAGUACCUGGGUUCUGAAUUCACAGCAGCUGUCACCCUGGGGAACCCAGAUGUCCUGGUGGCUCACUACCUCCUGAGCAUCACGCCACGUCUGGCCCUGGGCGGGAAGCUGGUCUAUCACCGGCAGCCCAAGGAGGAGGGUACCAUCUUGUCUCUAGCUGAGAAAUACCCAUUAAACAACUGGUUGGCAACUGUAACAUUGGGCCAGGCAGACAUGCACACGACAUAUUACCACAAAGCCAGUGACCAGCUGCAAGGAGGCGUGGAGUUGGAGGCCAGCACAAGGAUGCAGGACACCAGUGUCUCUUUUGGGUAUCAGCUGGACCUGCCCAAGGCCAACCUCCUCUUCAAAGGCUCUGUGGAUAGCAACUGGAUCAUGGGUGCCACACUGGAGAAGAAGCUCCCACCCCUGCCCCUCACACUGGCUCUCGGGGCCUUCCUGAAUCACUGCAAAAACAAUUUCCAGUGCGGCUUUGGCCUCACCAUCCGCUGA